AUGGCAGAUGAUACAUUGGAAGAACGUGAACGGAUCUUCAAACGCUUUGAUGAAAAUGGCGAUGGGAAAGUCUCUGCAACCGAGCUUGGGGAAAACUUGAUCAAGACGUUGGGCUCCGUGUCAACCGAGGAAGUAAACCGUUUGAUGGCGAAACUUGAUACAGAUGGAGAUGGGUGCAUUUCGUUUCAAGAGUUUACUGAUUUUUACAACGCCAAUAGGAAAUUGAUGAAGGAAGUUGCCAAGAUCAUCUAA